GUGUUUAGAUUCAGAGAACAAGAUGAAUGCAUUGGCUGCGACCAGUAGGAAUUUCAAGCAAGCGGCCAAGCUGCUGCGGCUGGACUCUAAGUUGGAGAAGAGCCUGCUCAUCCCCUUUAGGGAGAUCAAGGUUGAGUGUACAAUCCCCAAAGACGAUGGAACUUUGGCAUCUUUUGUCGGAUUCAGGGUGCAACAUGACAAUGCGAGAGGCCCGAUGAAGGGAGGGAUUAGAUAUCACCAUGAGGUUGACCCAGAUGAGGUGAAUGCCUUAGCACAGUUAAUGACUUGGAAGACAGCUGUUGCUAAUAUUCCAUAUGGAGGGGCGAAAGGUGGAAUAGGAUGCAGUCCUGGACAGUUGAGUAUCUCUGAGCUCGAGAGACUUACUCGAGUUUUCACACAGAAGAUACAUGACUUAAUUGGCAUUCACACUGAUGUCCCUGCUCCUGAUAUGGGAACCAAUUCUCAGACAAUGGCCUGGAUUUUGGAUGAGUACUCCAAGUUUCAUGGCUACUCACCUGCAGUUGUUACUGGAAAGCCUGUUGACCUUGGUGGAUCUCUGGGCAGAGAUGCUGCUACUGGAAGGGGAGUCCUGUUUGCUACAGAGGCACUGCUUGCUGAAUAUGGAAAGAGCAUCUCAGGCCAGCGGUUUGUUAUACAGGGCUUUGGCAAUGUUGGUUCUUGGGCAGCACAACUCAUAAGUGAAGCUGGAGGGAAGGUAAUUGCAGUCAGUGAUGUCACUGGAGCAAUUAAAAACAGCAAUGGUCUUGACAUACUGAAGUUACUAAAACAUUCAGUGGAGAAUCGUGGGAUCAAAGGUUUCAAUGGAGGAGAUGCAAUUGAUCCAAAGUCACUGCUCACUGAAGAUUGUGAUGUUCUUGUUCCUGCAGCUCUUGGUGGGUGUAAUCAACAGAAUGCACAUGACAUAAAAGCCAAAUUCAUCGUUGAGGCAGCAAAUCACCCAACUGAUCCUGAGGCCGAUGAGAUUCUGGCAAAGAAAGAAGUUGUCAUUCUUCCAGACAUUUUGGCUAAUUCUGGUGGUGUAACUGUCAGUUACUUUGAGUGGGUUCAGAACAUUCAAGGAUUCAUGUGGGAUGAAAAUAAGGUGAACUCCGAACUAAGAAAUUACAUGAUCAAUGGCUUCAAUGAUGUGAAGGAGAUGUGCAAGACUCACCACUGCGAUCUCCGCAUGGGCGCCUUCACUCUUGGAGUCAACCGAGUGGCCCGAGCAACCGUGCUCAGAGGCUGGGAGGCUUGAUACCUUAAUCAAAUGUCACAACCUGUCUUUCUCUGUCGCGGAAACGGAUAAUAAAACUCAGGUGCUAGUUUUAUGUGAAAGAACUUAGCCUUUUUGCUCACAUAAUCAGGGUUCUUAAUGUUUGAAUUUCAUGUCUUUUUUUUUUCCAAGAAUUGUAUGAACCUGAAAACAAUGAACUUGUCUUGACUCAAUUCUGUAUUUCAUUGUGUCUUUGUUGAUUCUAAAUUUAGAAGAUUGUUCUCUCA